AUGACAGCAUCCUCCUAUGGAGACUUCGCCUUCGCUUGCGUUGCAUCAUUCGAUAUGGCAUGUCCGUCAGUCAAGCGGAAGACAGUGUCGUUUGGGAAUACUGAGACCCGCGUGAUAGAGUCUUCUUUCCCGGAGCCAAACUUCGGUCCCGUCAAUCGCGAGAGGAAUUUGAACUAUUCGUGGCCGGAAGAUAUCCGUGGUCUGAAUAGUGCUCGCGAGAGGCGAAGGGCGCACAUGAAGGCUGUGCUUUGGAGAGAGCAGGUUUUGCUCGAUGACGUUGAUGCCAAAACGCUAGGUAAUGAUGCUUGUGUUCUUGAGCUCACGCUUUCUCAGCGGAGCGCUUGCGAGGUCUUUGCUGCUGCUGUCAAGUCUAUUAAGAGGGUCCGGAGACUAAUGCUCGACUCCGGGUGCGGUAUAGACCUUAUUGGUCUCGGUGAUCUGUCCCGCGAAGAAAGGGACCUGAUAGUUCAGAAUGCUAAGAUCAGCCUUAGGACCGCCAAUGGGAAAACUAACACCAAAGGUGUUGCCCAUAUGCGCAUUGACGGCCUCGAUGAGCUGAUCGAAGCUUAUGUGCUGGAGAGCACACCAAGUCUUCUUUCCCUAGGGAAACGAUGCAAGGAGCUUGGUUACCGAUUUAUCUGGGAACCCUUUUGUGAUCCGAUAUUCUUUGAUCCCAAAGGGAGACAACUCAAGAUUGAUGUUAUCAAUAACAUCCCCUACCUCGCUCCGAGCGAAACCGAGGUAGUCGCGGGUCGACCUGAUCUCCCUCGUGUGUAUCCGGCACUCCCAGCACCGAUCAUUAUUCACGAGAAAAUCGUCGCUGCGGGUGAAGAACCUGUGGGCGAGCUAGACGACAUUGGUGAGCUCGAUCUUGAUAUGCCUUGUGCUAAGAGUGCCCAGAAAAGUGCACCUGACGAUAUCAAGAAGGGGAGGACGAAUGCCGACACGCUUCGAGCGUUCCAGCAGGUCUUCGGCGACCUUCAAGAUGUGAACUCGUUCUCCAUGGAUGUGGAGAGAAGGUAUGCACCGUCUGCGAUCCGGGAAAUCUACUGUGAUAAAGCCCGUGAGUUCAUAUCGACCUGCAAAAGAGUCGGCAUCUCUGUCAAACAUUCCACUCCUGGCAUGCCUCGCACUAAUGCCAUUGCCGAGAGCAAGGUGAAGCUUGUCCUUCAUGGCGCACAAGUGGCGCUUCGACAAGCGGGACUGAGCGCCAAAUUCUGGCCUUAUGCGUGCAAGCACUUUUGUCAUGCUCGCAACAUCGAGUUACGCGAAGGACAAAGUGCGUAUUCGCUACGAUUUAAUGGUGCCGAAUUUGACGGUCAGGUUCUCCCAUUCGGAUGUCUUGUAGACUUCUAUCCCACGCCGGCACGAAAACAAACCCGACGUAGUCAGAAAGAUGAAGUCGUACUCGGCGAUGGUGAGGAAUAUGCCGUACCUGCGCCUGGAGAUGAUGGAUUGGUCGAAGUCGAAUUUGGAUUCGAUGAUGAUGGUUAUCUCGAGUGGAUCGACGAUGGAGACGACGAUCGACCUGGAUCCCUCCAAGGACCAGACAUGGAUCAACGCCUAUCGUCCUACCAGCGCCCCAGCAAAUUCUCUCCCACGAGCAAACCCGGUGUGUUUCUGGGUUACCACUUCGAGAAUGGGGGCAGGUGGGAUGGUGACUAUAUAGUCGCCGACCUUGAAGAUUUCAAACGCGACGCACUGCGUGCGAGCGUCCAUCAGGUCAAGAAGCUAUAG